UCUCUCCAGUACGAGUAAUAAUCCGAUUUACUUUUGUUUCCAGAUAUCACAGGCUACGUCCAUUUUCCCUUUACCAAGAACCAGAAACUGCGUUUGCUGCACUUAUAUUUUGUAUUUCUUUUUAAACGGUUGUGACUAGUUUUUUGUUUGUGUGUGUAUUUUUUUAGAAUCAGUUCCAGUAUGCGUCCAGGAACUGCUGAUGAAGGAGCAGUGUGCAGCUCCACCGGCAUCCUUCAAGUGUAACGCCAAAAAAUUCCACUCGCUUCUUAUUCAAGUGCUCGAUGUGAGAAUAUCUGGGUUUGUCACAGAGGAAGCGAGGAGUCCAGCACUGAGAGACACGGAUCCGCUUUCCUCUCUGUCUCUCUCUCUCUCUCUCAGCCAUUUUCUUCAUGGAUUGAAUUGUGCGACUGGGAAUAGACAUGGAAUAACAUGCCGAUGUUUAUGUUUGUCGGAGGUGUUAAAGAAUUGCACUGGAGCACACCGGAUCAUCAUGGCUCUGGGGGCAAAUCAGAGGGUAAGGUUGCCUUGGAACAAAAAAUGAGCUAUAGGAUAACGAGCUCUAGAAUUCAGGAGGAGUGUGUUUUGUGCAGCAUGAAUCCAGCAGCAAAGUCUCAGAAACACAGCAGACUGAUCCAAAGGGAUGCCUAAUUAUUACCAUCUAUUUCCCAGUUAGCGAUCCGUCCUACAGUGCAGGUGGGAGGUAAUUGGGAUUUAAUUGACAGUCCUUGAAGACAAACCAGAACCUAUGGCACAGCAGCAGUACAAUACAGGCCCCUUUUUAUGAAUCGACCAUGGACCGUGUGCUUUGGCAGCUGCUGGUCCUGGUUAUGACUGCGGUGGUUGUUCAUGCAUGUCCCAAAUACUGUGUGUGCCAGAAUUUGUCUGAGUCCCUUGGGACACUGUGUCCUGCUAAAGGCCUUUUGUUCGUACCAACUGACAUCAACCGGCACACGGUAGAGCUCCGUCUAGGUGGAAACUUCAUCUUACGCAUUACUCAGCAGGACUUUGCCAAUAUGAGUGAAUUAGUGGAUCUGACGCUGUCACGCAACAGCAUCAGUUCCAUCCAGCCAUUCUCCUUUGCUGACCUUGAGACACUGCGCUCACUGCACAUGGACAACAACCGGCUGGCUGAACUGGGACCAGAUGAUCUACGGGGACUUGUAAACCUUCAAUACCUAAUUCUGAACAAUAACCAGCUACGCCGCAUCUCUGAACAUGCUUUCCAGGACUUGGUGCCAGCAAUCGAGGAUCUUGAUUUGUCAUACAACAACCUGCAGAUGCUGCCCUGGGAUUCAGUGCGUCAGAUGGUCAACCUGCACCAGCUCACUCUGGACCACAACCUGCUGGAAUACAUUCCUGAAGGUACCUUUACUGACCUGGAGAGACUUGCACGUCUAGACCUGACAUCCAACCGCCUCCGGAAGCUUCCGCCAGACCCAAUUUUUGCUCGGGCGCAAGAUUCACUGCAGGAAUUGGUGCAAGUCUCUACACCGUUUGCACCACAGCUUUCACUGAGCAUUGGUGGCAAUCCACUGCACUGCAACUGCGAGCUGCUCUGGUUUCGAAGGCUGGAGCGUGAAAAUGACUUGGAAACUUGCGCCUCCCCUUCAAAUUUGAAGGGGCGUUACUUCUGGACCAUAAGGGAGGAUGAGUUUAUAUGUGAACAGCCCCUUAUCACACAGCACACACACAGGAUGUUGGUUUUAGAGGGCCAAACAGCCAGCUUGAGAUGCGAGGCCACUGGAGACCCAACUCCCACAAUUCAUUGGAUAGCCCCUGACGACCGUCUCCUUGGCAACUCUUCUCGUAUUGUGGUGUACAGCAAUGGCACACUUGUUAUUACCAUUACUACAUCAAAAGACUUUGGCACAUUCACAUGUAUUGCUGCCAACGUUGCCGGGGAAUCCACUGCUUCAGUGGAACUGUCAAUCAUCCAGCUGCCCCACAUAAACAAUGGAACAGGACAACCCAAAUCCCGCCUCUCUGAUAUUACUGGAACCUCAAAGGCCACGCCCAAGGGCCAACCAGAAAAGGACAAGCCAGUUUGGGUUUCUGAGGUGACCGCAGACUCUGCCCUCAUCAGAUGGUCCAUCAGCAAGGCAGCACCCAAAGUGAAAAUGUACCAGCUGCAGUACAACUGCUCUGAUGACGAAGUGCUCAUUUACAGGAUGAUCCCUGCUUCUAGUAAGGCAUUCCUAGUAAACAACUUGGUCUCUGGAACCCGCUAUGAUUUGUGCAUCUUGGCAGCCUGGGAUGACUCAGCCACUACGUUGACAGCCACCAGCAUUGUGGGUUGCGUUGAGUUCUUCACCAGAGAUGAGUACCCACAAUGUCAUUCUCUGCAUGGGCAGCUACUGGGUGGCACCAUGAUCCUGGUGGUGGGAGGUGUGAUCGUGGCUACCUUGCUCGUCUUCAUCGUCAUCCUAAUGGUGCGCUACAAGGCUGGGGAGGGUGGGACAUUGACUGCAGUUGGGGCUGAGAUUCCUGUUAGCAAGUUAAGCGACAUUGGUGAUACCUACUCACAGACCAACGAUGGGUGUCUGGGGCAGAAUGGAGUCUUUAUGCCCCCUUCAAAUUCCAAAGCCAAACUCAAAGCCAAACCCAAGGUGAGUCUACGAGAUGAGGUGGUGGAGUUUAAAUGUGGCUCUCUCCAGAGUAGUAUGAGCUCUCUAUCCUCAUCCUCGUCCUCCUCCUCUGCUGGUUCUGUGAAUGCCUUGCACUCCUGCAGCCCCAACAGUGCUUUGGCCAACAUCUGGAGGUCAGCGUCUCUCAAACCGCGAGGAAAUCUGGACCAUCUGUUGGGGGCCAUUAACUCUCUAGAGAUUAAGGGCCAGGCACCAUCGGGAAACACCAAAUCUGGCCGUGCAAUGGCAUCAACAGUGCCCCCUAAUGAUAAGGAGCCUCUGCUGGGCCGGACACUGGACUCCAAGUUCAGACGGAGUCACUCAUUUGAUGCGGGUGAGUUUGCAACAUCGAUCAGUGGUGUCUGGACCAAACGUAGCCUAUCCAUCAAUGGUAUGUUGCUCAAGGAUGACAUGGUUAGCAGCAGGGGCACUCUGGAGGGCUCGGAGUGGGUGAUGGAGAGUACUGUGUAGAUUGUGUACAAUACCUUCAAGCUGACAUCCUGCCCUUGUGUCAAAGAAAAAUCAAGGGAAUAAAGCCUCUGUUUUCCCAUGCAUGGAAUUACAUAUCUGUUCAUCAAAUAUUAAAACAUAUAUCCACUAUACAAUGUGCUGUAUUGGACAGGCAGUAAUAAGCUUUAUGUUCUGGUGAAUAAGUGCAUUUGUGUGGGUGUGUGUGGGUGUAUUCAUGUGUGUGACAUCAAAGAGUGUGUGUUGAGCAGCUACUCAGCUCUCAUGAAUGAGAAAGUUCAGGUCAUAUACCCUUGGGAUUCUGCCAUUCAUCAAGGUCAUUAUAGUGUGGCCAGAUACAUGACUGUUAAAUGACAGUUAAUGAAAAAACUGCCAACGCUCGCUCUACUGAAGAGUACUGCAAAUUCAGUCUGUACAGAAAUAUAUCUGUGGUACAAAUAAUAUUUAUAAAUUUAAUGAAGUUAAAUAUAUAUCUUUUAUAUUUUUAUCUCAACAGUGUCAUACCAGUCUUUCUCAAAGGGAAGAGAUAAAGAAGUCACAGAACUUUCAUACAUUUUUUGUUUCAUUCCCUUUUCUCUUCUUUUUAAACCACUCAUGUCCUAAUGGAAUCAUCUGCAAAGUUUCUGUUGAAAGAUUCACAAAUCUUUAAUUCAAUUUUAUUUUACUUAAUAUUAAAGUGUAACAUCCCAUUACAUUUUCUGUCACAUAAUAAGUAUACAUUUUUUCUCUGUGCCUAUAUGUACAAAGGAGCUGGAAAAUACCUGAUAAUUUUUGCCAUAAGAAACAAUGCCUAUGUAAAUUAAUGAAGUGUUAAGAAGUCCUGGCUUCUGGCCAAGAAACUGACAUCAAGCCCUGGCACAGUACAUACAUUUUCUGUGAUGUCCUGUAAAAUAGAAUUUCCGCUUAUUUCAAACAGUACAAUCACACAACUACACAACUACAAAUGAUGCCAUAUCCACCAGAGAAGUCUACAUAUGUUUGACAAAGCUCUAAUUAAAGAAAUCAGGACAAUGAUCUUGCUUUUGAAUUACUGGAUAAUAUUUGUAAUAUGACAUGUCUUAGAGUUACCUUCAGGAGCCAGUGAGAGAUAAUUCCAAUGCCAAUCAUCUCAAUCUAAUUAUAUGUGUCAGAUGGAUGUGUGAAAAUGUCACAGUCCAACUCUGCUGAUAGUGGCAGACACUGGAUUGACGUCAAGCAGGAGUGGACUGUGCACUGCUUCCUUGAAAUGAGCAUGCCAUGCAAAAACGUAUUAUGUUGUCAUUGCCAUGAUUCUCAGUCCCAGUACUGAGGACUGGAUGCACUGCAUAUUUUAGUGUAUUUUCUGUCCUAACACAUCAUUACAUUCAUGAAGGACAAACAGCUGGGCACAAGUAUACCCAACAAAUGUACACAAUGUUCCCCUUACCCCAAACCUACUCAUGUUUAGUGACCAAAGUUUGCUUUUUUAGGUUUGAGGACAAGAUGACUAAUUAGAAAUGGAAGUUGUGGAUGCUAAUAUAGUUCCAAGUCAGACUUAAUUUCCCAAAUAUGGACUUUCUGUGCAUACAAUCCCUAUUAUCCAGAAACAACAUGGGAAAUGAUUAAACUAGUAUUACAAUUAUAAGAAUGAGAAGUAGAAGCAUUCGUUGUUCCUUCUGGUUUGGUUUCAAAGAGGUUAAAAAUGAUUUUAUGAUUUUAUGAUUUUGUUGGAUCAAAUACUGUAUAUAAAGUUUUGAGAAUGUAUGUAUGAGAAAGACGGUGAGUGAGAUACCCUUCCAUUAUUUGUCAGCUACAUUGGCGUUGUAGCUCCACUGAAUAACCAGUGAUACAAUUGUCCAUCAUAUAGCACAUUUCAGCUGAUUGACUACAUUCAGAGUCAGGGGAACAUUGUGCAAUUUUUUUUUUGUAAUAUUUCUUUAAUAUUAUAAGUUGAUGAGUAGAAUUAAUGUUUACCAGAAUGGUUAUUGAGAACAACUGUUUUUAUUAAAAUUAAUUUUGAAGUCUGAAAACACACAUCAGUCACCUACUUAGUUAUUAAUAAAACCUGCAGAGCUUGUGUCAUGUUUAAGACCCAUAUAUAAGAAUUUGCAUGGAAAUUAAUUACCGUUAACAUUAGCAUCUACAGUAUAAUCCACUUGAAUAAAAAAAAAAUAGAGCAGAUCAUUGCUUGUUACUUCUCUGCAAAUUUAAUUGUUAGUGAAACUGAUACAUUAAGGUUUUACUGGUUAAGGUUAGAGUGAUGGUUGGGGUUAGUACUUGUAACUCUAGUUCUAACUUUAUUCAUAUGACAUAAACAGGUGUGCACCUGUUUUUUUUUUGUUUUUUUUUCUUUACAAUUGCUGACCAUAACCCAUCCUCUCAAGGUAAGUGCACCCAAUAAAUUGGAAAUGUGAUAUGCAUGGAUCAGUUACACUCAGCAGAAUCGAAACUUGGAAUGUAAACAGAAUAUUAAUAUAUUAUGCUGAUUGAACAGAUAAUGUGUUCUAAACUCACACAAACAGAGAUAUGAAUAGGAGGAGCACUACUUUUUGUUUGUUUGUUUCUUUCUUUGUUUGUUUGUUUUUUAAGAAAGCUUGCCAGAAAGGUUCACAAGGCCUCUGAGUGGGACUAGAAGUGUGCCUCGUGACUGGGAUUCUAGGGAUGCUAGUUGGUAAUUGCUUUCAUGCGGGCACAAGCAAGCAGUCAGAUAUGAAGCUUGUGGGAUAGUGGUCACAGGAGCUUACCUUCAGCUACUAGUUUGUAUAUGUUUUUGGGAAAUAGAACCAACUAAAUGAAAGAAAAUAUUACUACUAAGAACCGUGCAAGAACAGUCCUACGCACGUCUCUAAUUGAGACUAAUUAUGAACCUGAGUGAUGUAGCUGAUGUUGAGGAACUGUCAGAGCCAGAAUUCACAGAGACCAUGCUGACAGUGGUGCCAUUUCUACCUAGGGUUCAUAUUUAAGCCACGGUUUAGGCCAUGACCACUUUGGGUUUAUCGAAAUACAGAUACAGGUACAGAUAUUUGUAGCACUAAACAAGUGCUGAUACAGAUACAGAUAUUUGUAGCACUAAACAAAUACAGAUACAGUUGUUGCUUUACUCCUUCGAUUCCUACAAAUUCUGUGCUAGAUUGGGAUGCAGUGGUGUGUUAUUUUCUCGUUGAACUAAUAUGUAGACUUCUCUCAUCUUUCAGAGAAUUUGCAGUUUUUAUCAUCCACUCACUCAAUUACACAAUCAUAUUCACACAUAAUUCAGACUGGUUGCUUGACACUAUAAAAAAUGGUUUUUUUUUUUGUACACUUGGGUGAGAGUGUGUAACGGGAAAUUGUACAGUAGCAUUUUACUCUCAUUGGACACUAUCUAAAGAAGGAUAUUUUCACUGUGUUGUGUUGCUGUAUCUAUACAAGUCUUGCUAAAUGUGAGACUGUGUUUCCUUGAUCAAUCAGAUCACAUUUUGUUUUUGCUAAAAAAAAAAAAAAAAAAAAAAAAAGGAUAAAUAUCAUUUUAUGUAAUAAUAUAUUGUUUGUCCCAAGCCUUUCUCUCCCCAAGUCAUCACAUUCUCUAAUGUUUUGGAACUGAAUUAUACACUUGAAUUCUCUAUGAAUAAAAAGUACUUAUAUGAUUAUAAAAUGUUUUGGGGAUCAUUUCUCUGCUUAUAAAAAGUAUUUGUUUUUUGUUUGUUUAGAUUUUUUUUUGGCAUUUCUGAUUUUAGCAGAGAAAAAAGUACUCUGAACAGCAGAAAAUAAUAUGAAAUCUACAUUUGUCUGAGAUUUGAUGGUCUCGGGGCUGUUUGGUCAAGCUCUUCAAGAUUUGUGUUCAAGUGACUCAGUUUGACCAGGCAGAUCAGAUUUCAUUUGGGGGUUUUUUCAGCAUUUGGUGUGUGGCAUUUCUCCACAUCAGACAUUUGUGAUAAGAACAAGAAACCGCCACGAAGACAGGUAAGGGAAGACAGUGAGAAGUAAACAUUGCUUACACCACCCUCUUCGGACCACCGUCGUGGUCACUGGUGUGAACACUGAUUACAUUCAGAAGUGUGACAGAACAUCACUCAUACAGUAUAUAUUAUUCAUCACAGUGCUGUUGGACUGAAAUCAGAUGGAAUUGACUCUUAUUGAGUAACAUAUGACUGGGAAAAAAUGUGUGUUUAAAUCCAUAUAAAUGCUAGGGAUACCAUCUGUAGGUAUUUUACACAAACUGAGCAUGUUUCAGAAGCACUGUUCUGUUAAAUGUUCUGUGGCCUCAGUAGCUGUAAUGUUGUCAAGUUUCUCUGCUGCACUGUCUUUAGUUCUGAUAUCACUGUGACAAGCAAAGAAACACAUACAGUUUCCAAAUGAUCAGGAUAUGCUCAGUAAAAUCAAGAUGUAUUUUUCUGCAGUUUCCAAUGUACUGUAGUACUCAAUGUGAUAGAUUCAACUUGUAUUCAGCCAAUCUCACCAAUCAACAAUGGCCUUCAUUUAUCAACCUGGAUAUGAAUAAAUUUAUUUGUAAAUCAUUCACAGGAGUGGUAUUCAUUAAAUUCCAGUUAUUUUGGGUAAUAUUUAUAUAUGUAAAUUAAGAUAUAAAGACACUAAUGAGAACCUCAGUUCAGGCUUCAAAUUUUAUAAUUGACAUGAGUAACUGAAAAUUUAAGUAUAAUUCGCUUAUUUAUUUCAAUUUAUUUAUUUUUGUGAAAUUUGUUUCACUCUUUUAAAAGAAAGCAGUCCAAAACAAAUACAUAAAUUAGGACAAUUAGUAUCCAAAUCUUGACUGAUUGGGGUUCAAAAAUGUGAGACCACAUUGUAAAUCUGUGUUUGUUUGUUUGUUUGUUUUUUUGUUUCAUUUAAAAUUGGAAAUAAACAGAAGGUUUUAGAAUUUUUAAACAUUUACAACAAAGAAAGUACAUGUUCAAUAUCUUAAAUAUUUAAGAUUCUGCACUAUUUCUAGGUCCCUAUUUAAAUGUGAGCAAAUUUGUGAUAUUGACCAUAUUAACUGCUUUGUACAAAAGGUCAGGUUUUCCUUAUGCCUAAUCUCUUCUAGUGAAAAAUGUGUUCAGACAACACUCCGAUGGAUUUGAACUAAAAUGGAUCAUAAGGGUUUGCACAAACUUGUCCAUGCCAGCUCAAGUGCACACUGUCAUUAAAACAAAAAGGGGACAUAGCAAACACUAAGAAACUCUGAAAUUCAUGUAAAGAUUUCAAAGAUUCUACUUUUCACUCAAGGUGUUGUCAAUAAUAUAAUUUGUAAUGAAAAUUGUUGUAUUAAAUUAGAAAAGCAUUUUCACUAGUGGUCUCAGACCUUUGGACCCCACUGUGUGUCACUUUGCCAUCGCAUAACUCAACCUGUAAAAGUAGAAGUUGUUUCUCUACAGGUUAUUGGGAGCUGACUUGAUACAGCAGGUAUGAGUAGUAAAAUACUAGGCUACUAGAAAUUCAAAUAAAUGAUUCUGAAAUGAAACCAGGCAUUUCUCAUUUGAUGUUAAAAUGCAUAUUUGCUUCUCAUAGUGAAGUCCUAAGCAUCAGACAACGAGGUUAUUUUAAUGGCAGUGUGUGAGUGUGACAAUUCUUUAUUUUGUUUAGCAAAAAUGAAGAGGAGAAAGCUUAUUUAACGGCUACCUACACACUCAAACAAGCAUACCUUCCAUACCAGACAACAGUAAGCACAUGCACACACACCAUAUCUUUUCUUUUUCUUUUCUGGGGGCACUAGGUACAUUCAUGGCAUAUGGAAGACACCCUUAUGCAGAGUGACUUAUAUCUGUCUCAUUCUCAAAACUCAGUUCGGAUUUGAACUCACAACCUUCUGACCAGUCACCCAUCAUUUUAACCACUAAGCUACAACUGCCCUAGGGACAUAUUAUGUUAGAAAUGAUAGAGAUAGAAAACAUAGACAGUGAUAGAAAAAAUUAUUAAAAUAAAAAAAUUGUGAACAAAAAAAAAUUUGGUAAAAUAAAUAAAAAUUGUGGUUUGGGUGAGGGGUGACAUUACUUGCUUAUAUUAUUUAAAUUGCAAGUCUCUUAAAUCCACCAGAAAAAGGACACUUGACAAAAGUGAAAGCAGCCAUUAUUCUCACCUCCUACUGAAGACUUUGUGCCAGUAGAGAAGUAACAUAAGGCAGAGACAUUAAUCAGGACAUCUGUGCGUCUGAUCAAUCGAUGGUCUGCACUAUGUUUAGCUACACCCGUAUGUCCUGGCUCGGUGAGCAUACUACCUGGGUAAAAACGGUAAUCAAAUUUAGCAUGGGUACUUAAGUAUGGCAUGGCUCACUUGGCGCUGGAAAUAGCAACAACACAGGGGAUUAUGGGUAAUUUGCUGAGCCAUGCCACAAUGGCUGGUGGAAAAGCACUAUUAGAAAACGAGCUCCUGUGUAGUGAGCAGGAUGCCACUUUGAAAACUGCCAGAGAGACAGAAAAAGCAAGCUCUUUAAACUUCGCAGUCGGGUUAUUUUGAGACAUUGGAGUAAAAAAAACAUGUUGGAGGAAAAUACCCAGCUCUUUCUUCCUGGUCCUGGGGAGAAACUAAAUGAUACAUUGAUACAUUUGCUGAGAUUUGAUGAUUUUCUUAGGGAUGCUUAGAAGCUGCAGCACUAGGAAUCCAAGAUACAAUGAUACAUUCUGACUCUACAUCUACAGGAUCAUUAUGGCCAUGACACACUCUUUCAUCUUUCAGAGUGAGGCCUUUGAUCCAAGCAAAUCCAUGGUGAUGUAUACUUCAUGAUGUCCUCAAUGUCUUUUAUCCACAUAGCCUCUAAAGCUGUUGUAUAAAUACAUUCAUACAUAACCAAAAAUCUGACAGUGUGUCCACUGUUAUGUCUACUUAUAUAUCUACGUAUAUGUAUAAUUCA